AUGAGUAACAGCAGCCAGGCUCUGUCCCCCGUGCUGCCCCUCACGAGCUUUGGCAACGUGCUGAUGUUCCUUUUCAAUAUCCUCCUCGCCGCCACCAUCAUCUUCCUCAACAUGUCCGUGUCGCUCGCCAUACUGCUGAACGGCGCGCUGCGCGGCGAGAACCGCUUCAUGUACAUGCUUAGCACCUGCCUCAGCGACGUCUGCACCGGCGUGUCUUACUACUACGCCGGCGUCCUCGACGUGAGGGACAGUUUCGACUCCCCAACGAGAACCUAUCACAUCGUGCCGACGUUCCUGGGUCUCUCUUACAUGGCGAUCCUGGCCGCGCAGGCCGACCGGUACCACGCGGUGGCGGCGCCUUUUAAAUACUCGCAGCGCAUGACCCGAAACCGGACCCUGCUGGUCAUCCUCGCGUACUGGCUCUACGCGUUCCUCAUCGUGGCCGCGAAUAACCUGGUGACGAUCGGGGUCGCCAAGACGAUCACGAGCUUGGGCUCGUUGGUGGCGAACAUAUUGACGGUGAUCAUAAUGAUAGGGCUGAACAUCCAGCUGUUCAAGAUAGUUAGGUUCCACCUGGAGCGCGAGCCGCCCUCCGAGGAGAGGGACAGCAAGCGCUCGUCGGUGUAUCUCAUACUGGUGGUGGCCGUGUUCUUCCUGGGCACGUGGCUCCCCAUAUUCUGUCACAUCGUUGUGUGCAAUUUCUUCGGGACGACGUGCUACACGUUCAGGAACGAAGGCACCAACCCGCUGCGCAUUCUGCCCCGGAUCAACGCCGCCCUGACGCCCAUCCUGUACAUCAGAGGGUGCUCCGGGCUCAAGGCGACGCUGCUCGCCAGGGUGUGGAGACCCGGCUGCGGGCUAGGAGGGGGCAAGAGGGUGAUGGCACGUUAG